AUGGUUGGUCCAGCAUCACUAAGAACAAAAAAGGCCUUACUGACACGAUACUGCAAUAAUUUGUCUCGGGUAAUCGAGAGAAUCGAUUCUGCUCACACCGCCGCGCAAGCUAGUAGCGAUGACGCAACAUCUCCUCCACGCAUCAAAGCAUCGCUGUUUGAACUCGACGCCACGGCAAAGCUAGCGGCAGAUGCCUUGAAUGCUUUCACGGCAGCGCUGGACGAGAUCGAUGAACUACCCGAAGAACAAGACAAGCAGGCGAACGACUACAUUGACUCAUCGCUUUCGUUGAUUGAGCGCGCUCGUCUGAUGGCGAUUGAACUCGACGCAAAAAACAUUGGGGACCGGGAGGAAAAUGACGAGAGAGGAUGGACAGAGAUGAUGAGACCAAAACUUCCGCCAAUACCCAUACCCAUAUUUACGGGAAAGCUUCAGGAAUACACCAACUUUUGGACACUUUUCGAAUCCAACGUCGACAGACAACCACUCACCAAUCUACAGAAGUUUAACUAUUUAUUAACCGCUUUGCGAGGGGAACCCCGAGAACUGAUUAAACGAUAUCCAAUAACCGAAGCCAACUAUACGCACGCCAUUCAACUUUUGAGGGACAAGUAUGGGGACGAAUCUAAGCUCAUCGCGGACUUACAAUCGCGCCUUGAAAUGACGAAGGCAGACAACAAAUCUAUCUACGCUCAACGUCGCCUUCUCGAACAAAUUCUUCCCAUAGUAACUCAGUUGGAAGAGUUGGGAAUAACACUGAAUGGCUCGUAUCCUACAAAGAAGCUUCUCUCCAAGUUUUCUUACACAUUGCAGCGUCAAGUUCUGGAACGCUGCCUCUUGCAAAAUAAGAAAGAAACCGAUUGGAUUAUGCGGGAUGUGCUCUCUGAGCUGGACGAUCUGAUAACCACACAAGAACAGAUCAGUGAAAUGAUCGAUAGCAUUCCCAACAAGUGUGAUGAUCGCAGCAGAGAUUCUCAUAACAACAACAGAUCGAAGAAAUUCCUCAUGAAGAAUGCGACAACAAAGCCUGACCCGAAUGCAUGUAUGUUUUGCGGAUCAACGCAACACAAAUCAGCUGAUUGCACAAGGAUUCCAAGCAUCCACCAGCGACGUACCUAUAUGCAACAACAUAGGAGAUGCCUCAACUGUGGGAAAGAAGGCCACUUUGUGAAAGACUGCACAAGUAAAGGAUGCAGGUAUUGCACGGGGAUGAAGCAUCAUCAUACCCUCUGCCCCCAGAGGCACAACUUGGGAGAGACCACAGACCAAACCCCACCAAGGGCAAGGACAAACACUAAUACUCCACAGAACAGACCGCCGGUACCCAAUGUACCUCGGAAUACGAAACGACAUGUGAAAACUGCGGUAGCGACGGCACAACCAGUGCAGACUACCGACAGCAGCGCGACCUACCCGGACAUAACGGAUACUGCGCAGCACUCACCGCAAGAUACAUCUAUCCUUCAGAAUAGUACGGUAGACGCCCUGGACAAUAAGGUAUUGUUACUGACAGGAGUAGCGCGGGUACGGGAUGAAGCGCGUGAUGACUGGAAAGAAGUGGAGAUCCUCUUCGACACAGGAGCCGACCAGUCAUUCAUAAGCUCUGCUCUCGCAGAAGAAUUGAACCUGAAAUGUACAAAAGAGAAGGAGCUCACUAUGUACACUUUCGGUUCUACUGACCCUAAACCGACCAAGUGUAGGCACACAACGUUGGACCUGUGGGAUAAUCAGGGACAAAAACAUCCCGUACGGCUAUGUACCACACCGGUACUCACAAGUAAAGGACAAACGACCCAACUCGACCACGCGGACCUAGCGUUUGUGGCACAACACAACAUCCACCUGUCCAAACCUACGUCCAAUUCCACAUCCAUACCACAGAUAUUACUCGGAUGUGAUCAGUUGUGGGGUUUAUUGGAUGCUCCCCUUCCACGCUUUAAACUCCCAUCGGGCCUGCUCCUCAUUCCCUCAAAACUCGGAUAUUUGCUGACCGGAAAGCAGCACACCUUCCACGGAAUAGAAGGACAACAGAAUGAGGUCAAUAUCAGCAUGAUCACCAUGGUACAGGCCUUCACAGAAUCUGAAGAUGAGAUGAGCCGAUGGGACAGAUACUGGACAAUGGACUCAGCCGGACAAUCACCCCCACUACCGGACAAUCGGCAAAUAGCUCUGAAACGGUUACAAGGAGUAAUACGGACGCUGAAAUCGAGUCCACAGUUAUUACAAGAUUACGAAAACACAUUCCACACCCAGCUGGAAAAGGGAAUUAUUGAACAAAUUCCAAACAACCAACCAGGUAUCGGACCUAUCGUACACUACAUUCCACACCAACCGGUGGUCACGCCCCACAAAGAAACGACAAAAUUACGAAUUGUGUUUGAUGCAUCCUCACACUACAAGGAAUGCCCUUCACUAAAUGACAUACUACACCAAGGACCAUUGGUAUUACCGGAUCUUUACGCGAUGCUGCUACGUUUUCGAAUGUUACCUUAUGUAGCAAUAUCGGACGUGGAGAAAGCCUUCUUACAGGUACACCUCAAUGAAAUGGAUAGGGACGCCACGAGAUUUAUCUGGGUACGCGACGUGGACCUACCAGUCACUGAAGACAACAUCGUCACAUACCGUUUCACCCGGGUCACAUUUGGCCUGAACGUAUCGCCAUUCCUCUUGGCUGGUACAGUAACCUACCACUUACAUCAUGUCGUUGAAAACAAAGAAUUGGCGAAGGAAAUCAAGGACAACUUAUACGUGGAUAACCUGAUCCUAGCCGCACGUACCCCUGAAGAUCUGGCCAAAAAAGUCGUAGAUUCACGCGAGAUUUUCCAGGAUAUGGGGAUGAACCUGAGAGAGUUUUUGGCCAAUGACGUUAAUCUCAAGGACUUCAUCUCUCAAGAGGCUUGCGCGAAAGCAGCGGUGCAGAAAGUGCUAGGGAUAGAAUGGAAUGCAACAGGAGACUACCUCUCCAUGUGCUGUACUUUACCAUUCAUAGGCCAAGUCACAAAAAGGAUUGUAGCGCGACAAAUAGCGGCCGUAUACGACCCAUUGGGGUGGCUGGUCCCACUGCUGACGCAGGCAAAGCAUUUCCAACAAACCUUGUGGAAACACAAGUUCGAAUGGGACAAUAUUCUUCCAGCAUCCCUCCAGGAGCAGUGGCAGAAAAUCACACAAAACAUCAACGGGUUUGCCCGUACCUUUCCACGACGAUUUUUCACACAACCUCAAGACAAGGACACUUGCAUCGCAGUGUUCGCUGACGCCAGUGACAUCGCCAUGUCCACAUGUGCGUACCUAUUCGAUGGAAAGCACUCCGCGCUGGUAAUGGCUAAAUGCAAAUUGCCAUCGAUAAAAACGACCACUACAAUGCCAAAGAUGGAGAUGAACGCAUUAACAAUGGCAGCUCGAUUGACAUGGUCAGUAUACCAAGCCAUGAAGGAGCCCUGGCCAAAUAUGUCCGCUUCUCCACCACAAAUUGUCAUCCUUUCGGAUUCCCAAAUUGCAUUGAGCUGGCUAACAACGUCAGAGGAAAAGGCCAGUCCAGGUGUCCUUAUUUCCAACCGAAUAAAGGAAAUACGCAAGAUCACCGCGGCCCUAAACGACGAAGGUCUUACAGUACGUUUCGCAUAUGUAAACACAAAAGACAAUCCUGCUGAUGCGGGAACACGGGGGCUGAACCAGGAACAGUUACAGGACCAUCCCUGGUGGACGGGGCCAGAUUUUUUACGGACACCUAUCAACCACUGGCCCACGAUUUUUUAUCCAUAUGACUGGCAGGGUACUCACGAAACGGAAGAAUUGCAGCCUCCCACUGAAGCAGGUACAGUCUCGAUCACAAUGAACUCAGCAUCAACGAGACUUCUGCAAGAAUCCUGCAAUGACCUGAUCGACGCCAAACGUUUCAGCUCCUUCAAGAAAGCAAAGAGAGUGACAGCAUGGGCGCUGUUGUUUAUUAAAAAACUGAUGCGCUCACUACCACAACAGUCAGUGGACAGGAUAUUCCAGAAAAUACCAGAGCUACGGACCAUACAGGACACAACAAUACUUUUGGGGCAGCACAUCAAAGCGGCACGGAUUGCGCUACUCCGAAACCAUCAAUCUUCAUUUCUAUCACAUUACCAUAAAAAACUGCGGAAUGACACUUUGCGUCUAUAUCAAGACAAGGACCUUCUAUGGCGAUCACAAGGACGCCUCCAGAACUCGACAUUAGGAGCAGAUGCGAAAUCACCCAUUUUCGUGGCUCCGAAUACACCUCUGUCACAACUCCUCAUCAAGGACGCUCAUGGCGAUUACCAUCAAGGUGUGGAACAUACAAUCGCCACAAUUAGACAAACGUACUGGAUACCAAAAAUACGGCAACAAGUACGAAAACUAGUGAGCAAAUGCGUACAAUGCAGACGACUAAAUGCCCUUCCUUACCCAUAUCCAGACAUGACUGAUUUACCACAACAAAGGGUUAUGCGCAGCCGUCCGUUCCAGCAUAUCGGGCUCGAUUUCUUCGACUUACCCUCCACACACCUGGAAGCCGGUAAAACUCACGGCUAUGGUUGCAUUUUCACCUGCAUGGUUACCCGUUUGAUUCAUCUGGAAAUGGUAGACAGCAUGAGCACGGAAGAUUUCAUCAACGCCUUACGAAGAUUUGUGGCUAGAAGAGGUGUUCCUGACUCUAUCACAUGUGAUAAUGCCCCGUCUUUUCUGCUCGGAGCCAGCAUUUUAGCAGGUUCACCUCAAGGGGAAACCCUCAGCUCAAGUAUACAUAACGCCACAUCAAAUCAAGAGAUUCAGUGGAACCACAUCACUCCCUACGCACCAUGGCAGGGCGGUUUUUAUGAGCGCCUCAUCAAAUCCGUCAAACACGCUUUAUAUAAGUCACUACGAGGCACAAAUCACCGUUCCGGAGACCAUUUACGAACGAUCUUGACGGAAAUUGAAGCUUGUCUCAACUCAAGGCCGCUCACUUACCAAGGUGAUGGACAGGAAGACUUUUCUUCCAUUCGACCAAUCGACUUCCUCCAAAAGGAUUUGACACUAACCCUACCAACCACACACCUCACAGAUCCCAUGACAAACGAUCCCGACUACCAUACCCCAGACGAGAUUCGAGCCCUCCAAACUCGUCAAGAGGUCAUUGCUUCCUUACAAUCAUCAUGCGGUGCCACGGAACGAUUUUGGACUAUUUGGCAAAAACAUUACCUGACCUGCCUACGGGAAACGCACAGAAGGACAAUCUCAAGUAAACGACAGGGACGAGAGACUCCUACCAUAGGGGACGUGGUUUUAGUAAGCGAUCCAGUAAUUCCACGUAAUGAGUGGAAGCUAGCACGAAUUACCGAUACUCGAGCAGGACGGGAUGGGGAAAUUAGAGAAGUCGAGCUUCUCACGCCAGCGCGCAGAAAAAUACGACGACCUCCAAACCUUCUCAUCCCUCUGGAAAUACAGCCUGCUACAACUCCGUCCCACACCACACCAGGAGAUCACGCAGUAUCAGACGGGACAGACGAACAAAUACCCACUUCUCAUCCUUACAACCUGCGUCCGCGACGCGCAGUACAUUACGCUGAUGAGCAAGUGGUUACGACAACUCAAACUGCAACAGUCAGACGUUUCCCACCAAAAUGGUUCCUAUUCUACAUCAUGAUCAUCACAUUGUUCACAACUUCGUCUACUUUUGCCAACAGGGAUAUAAGCAUGACGUGUAGCAACGAAGGUGUGCUCGUUCAUACAUCUCGGAACGAUCCGUUUGAAAUCUGCGCGGACCACCAUUGUCAAAUGAUCACCCCAGUGACAAACCCCUUCCUUGUCAAAUUUCCACCAGAGGUAACACUUCAUGACUACCUAGUGUCACUUAAAUGGAAUACCGGAGAUCAACUGGCAACCAUGGAGACAAUGUGCCAUCGCCUCAAUUUCUGUCAACAACUCGAUUGUUGGAUAUGCUCAACGGUCGUCUUCAACCCCGAGUGUUGGCCAAUGGGUGCAAUAGUCAUCACAGCACUCCUCUUAUACGUUAUAGUAGCCAUACUAUAUGUACUCCUGUAUGUUCCCAUGACUAUGGGAAAACCGAUCCGUAUCAUUCUCAUCGUGCUGAGAAGGAUCCUCCUAAUUUUGGCAUCUGCACUCAUAAAGCUCUGCAUGACACUAUGCCGCAGGAUGAGACGACGACGGCCACAAUCGCACAGAGACCGUUUGCUAGCAGUUUUGGCAAUAACUCUUGCCGUAUCCACAUAUGCGAUCCAUGCGUGCCAACAAGUAAAUGUACUUGAACAUCGCUCCACUGUAUGUAACAACUACGACGGACACGAAAGUUGCUCGAUUUACCUGAACGAGCUUCUCAAAAUCAACACUUUCCAUCGUGAAGCCUGUCUACGACUCACUCGAAACGCAACCUUGAUCGCAAACGUCAAACUUCGUUGGAAAGGCCUCUACCUACACUGUGAACAGGAGUCGAGGAUCUUCACACGAGCAGUGGAGCUGCAAAGGAUUGACAGCAAACGCUGCCCGCACAUGGGCUCGUGUCAAGGUCAAAAAUGCGCCGCGAUCCACCAUUCAAGUCUGAUACCGGAACUUGAGGAAGGAAAUAAAUAUCCAGGUCGCACAGGCUGCAUGGAAUCGUGCGGCGGCCCAGGAUGCGACUGUUUCUUCUUAAGUUCCGGUUGUCUGUUCUACCGCGUAUACGCGGUGCCGAAGAACAGCAAAGUCUACGAAAUAUUCCGCUGUACCCGAUGGACUGAACAAGUAAAAUUGGAGGUGACAAUUGAGGACCUCAGCUCCUCUGAAGGAAAAAGGCGAUAUGUCCUCGCUAUAACUCCGAACGUGCCCACGGAAGUACCGUCAAUGACAGUUACGAUGACGGCGGUAACUCUACCUCCUCUACCCAAUCUCUCCAAAGAGUUUGUCACAGAUGGACGAGAUGUCGCGAUCUGGAAUAAUCCUUUUACACCGGACCUUCUCUGUGCUUCUUGGCGCCACGCUAGAGACAUGAACUGCACCCUCAAAGAUGAUUGCAGAUGUCACGCCGCGGAAAACAGUGUCAGCUGUGCAUGCCCUACAAAAGAUAUCCUGGCAUAUUUCAAGCAGCUCAACUUAGUUCUCCCAGUGAAAACAGCUUCCUGGGAGCUAUCGCGACGACUCAAUGAGACAGUCACAGCAAAAAUUUCACAAAUGGUAUCAGCGGACUUUGUUGUUCAGUUCAAGACGGUCAUCGAGACUGCGAAUCUCCUUGUCACCAACAAUGUGUGCAACAUCGCCAACAGCGAACUGGAGGGAUGCUACCACUGUGCGAAGGGAGCUACAGCCAAGGUCACCUGUAGAUCAUCAACUAACACGCUCGGAGAAGUCCUGUGUGGUCGCCAUGCCUUUGUGGUACCAUGCGCUCCCACUUCACCUGAGUCAAAUCUCUAUUUCCACUUGGAUUCCGCACGCCAACUUCUCAAUUGCUCGAUCAGAUGUGGAGAAACCGUGCAUUACUUCGUUCUAUCGGGUAUUCUACGGUACACGAGCAAUUUUCAUGCUGCAAUGACUGACUUUAUUCAAGGGAACACUACCGCUUACCAUGGUUUCCAGCUCCCAGACUUUCACCACAUACUGAACGUCUUCCUGGACUGGUACAAAGUACUGUUUGUCAGCAUUCUGGCAGUGAUUUUUGCCUUAUUGGUGUCCUACUUGUGCCUACAAUCUCUGGGAAUACGCCUCAUGACGCUCCUUUUGCGCGGCGCACUUACCCUGCAAGUUAUGGAAUUCAACUCGGCUCCUCCAUCGCCAAACCCUACCCAUUCGGCAUCCACUUCAUGUCAGCUACGUAGCUUACAGCACGACUAUGAAGAGCUGCUACACGCUCUGCCGCAACUCCCCACCCCCCAACAGCUCGUGGACCAGAUUGCGCGAACCGUGGAAACGCUUCACAGGACGAUGCGCUCCAUCCUUCACCUGGAUACUCAAAUAGAGGCCCUCCGAGCGGAUGAUAGUUCGUGGCAGACCAGAUACUGGAAACACAGCAUGGCAGCCGCUUCCGUGGAUAAGCUACGCCUCGAGUUGCUUCUGUCGCGAACGACACUCACGUUCCUUUUUUCCUUUCCUCCACUCCUCGUAGCUACACGCGUGAUAUCGCUGGAGCAAUGGAACGCCAAACUAGCCGAGCCGCGCACGGAUACUGAAGAGCAGCUCGGAUUCCUUCAACAUUACUCCGGACUACUCCGAACGAUUGGCGAGAGCAUUGCGGAAGACCAGUUUCAAGAUCAGCAGAUCGAGGACGAGGACAACCGAUUCUUCGAAAACCUGAUAAUACGCAAGCUCGACAACAUCACGCACAUACUACGAGGAUCCCAACUGGAGCAUAGCGCGACGCAGACCGAGUCUGCGGAGGACCAUCGCGGCGCGGAGGCUGCGGAGACGCAGGAUUCGGGCGCGCGGCGGCAGGAAAGCGAAGAGGGACGGGAACAACGCGCUAUCGACGACAACGCAGAAUUCAUGGAAGAACUGCAAGAGGAAAUCCGUCCCGACGACGUUUUUGUCGUUGUAGACGAGGUCGUGGGAGCCGAGGUUACCGAGGAGAACGCUUAUCACGAGGAGGCGCUGGCACCAAAAGAUACGAGCGAGACAAGACGUCUCAACGAGGAGAUAUUACGUGUUCUCACCGAAAAAAGGGACCUGGAGCGACGGAUUCACGAGAUGGCGAACGAGAAGACUUGCCCUCGCCGCAGAUUUGAAGCAGGGCAGAUCAGGAACGAAAACGAAACGACGAUGCCGUGCGUCUUUUGUGGACUAAUCGGCGUGCAUUACUCGGACGCUUGGUGUGUCUCAAAAAACGCUGCACGGGAGGACAUAGGUGCGACAAAAGGACAACGAAGUGCCGGUACUGCGCCGAUUACGGACAUCACCCUUCGCUGUGCUUUCGGCCUCAGAGAAGCGAAGAAACCCGACAACAGCUAG